UUUCUAUCACGCACCUAAAUCGAACUUACGAACACGAACAAAACCCCUUUGAUUCAAACAUCCACCAAUUACGUUUUUCUGUCACCCACCCAGAUCGAACUUACAAACGAACAAACCCUUCAAUUCGAACAAAAUUCUCGAAAAAUACCAACUCGCUGACCACCAUCAUUAGCCACGCCUUUAUCGACCUGGGAUCAUGGAAAACCUCGAUAUGAUGGCCGCCGCGGAUUUGUUCAGGCUACGAACAACCAUGAAGCGUCAGCACACGAACCUCGUCGCGCGAAUUCACGGGAUGAUCAACAGGCGAGCGUCGCGGGUCGAAGUCGAAGUGUUGUCGGCAACUCUCGCAAAUGUGCUGGAGCGGAUCACCGCAGUUAAUGAUCAAUACGUUAUUACGGGUGGACUCGAUGAACAGGAGCAGGCAGCCGCGGAAACUUACAUUCAAGAAGUAGCUGCAUUAAGUGAACAAGCGCAGCUUGCCAUUGGAGGUUAUGCCCAUGCCGUGGCCAACAGAACAGCUUGGAAUGUCACUGACUCGAACGCUAGCCGCGUUCUGCAACCAAUUCCGCUGGCAAUUGCAGAAGAAGUGCCCGAAAACGAAAUCGUCAACCACAACCCAAUUGUCUCGGGCCUUGCCAAAAGUCGCAAUCAUGAGGACGAUAUAGGAGGAACACAAGCUGCUCGUAAUAUCACCGCUGCCCAACAGCCUACGAUUGGCGCUUUAAUUUCGAAUUUGGAUGGAGACAAAAGCGCCCGAAACGCCUCUGACGAGGCCCACCAGGCAAAAAGGAGGAGAAUCGAGCUCGAGUUUGAGCUCGAAAGGAAAAGAGUAGAGCGCUCUCGCAAAAUGGAUGAUCUGCUCCGUCAAAGUGAACGAGAAGAAGAGGAUCUCAAAAUGGCAAUUGAACGUGAAAGGAUUCUGGCUGGUGAAUUCGAGGGAGCGGUUGACGGGAGCCCCAUCCAUUCUUCAACGCCAAGAGGGAACGUCAUAAAUCCAAUAGAACAAUCAUCUCGAACGCCACAGUCUUGUGAAAUAACAACAUCAUUCGCUCCACCCAGUCGCUGGCCUAAAAUUGCAGUCGAAAAGUUCAACGGGGACCCACGCAAAUGGCAGAGGUUUGCACACGGCAUUCACGCUACCGUUCGCGACGCAAAUAUUCCGGACUCAUACAAGCUCCUUGGUCUGCAAGACAGCAUAAUGGAUGACAUCCGCAAGAGGAUGGGCCACCUUUUCAACGGGUCGUACGCGUUUGAAACGGCAUGGAAUGAAUUAGAGAGCAAGUAUGGAAAUCCGGGUCUAAUCAUGCAGGCGCAUAAUCAGCACUUACUUCAGGUUCAACCGUUUAAAGCUGGGGAUUUCAAUGCGCUCUUCAGUCUUGCCGCAGAUGUCCGAGAUGCCGUAUCAAGCGUCCCAAAUGAGCACUUAAAAGAGUUCACGUAUUCUACUGUCAUUACUUCGCUCGCCUCAAAGCUACCGAUUCAACUGCAAAUCGAUUGGGGUAAAUUCGCCUACUCGCUUAGGCCGAGUUUGCCAUCGCUAAGAGAUUUUGACAAAUGGAUCGAUAUCGCCGUUGGGGCAGAAGAAUAUCGUGGAAUUCGCCUCUCAACUCCCGGAAGCAACGCAAACAAGCCGGCCUCGAACUUCAUCCCACGUCAACAAAGCAACUAUGGUCAACCUGGUAGCAGCGGCUAUCGUGGCCCGACGGUGUUGACCAACCGGGUUCAAGACAAGAUCGCUACUCCAAAGUGUCCUGCCUGCAACGCGGAUCCGGGUCACCGCUUCGAAUACUGCAACACCUUCAAGCGCAUGUUGGUUAACCAGCGUGCUGCCCUCUGCGCUGACAACAAUUAUUGCUUCAAAUGCCUGGUUCAAGGUCACUACGGAAGAAACUGCACCCGCGCUGACGUAAAAUGCAAGGAGUGUGGAAAGGCCCACAACACCCUGUUACACGGAGCUGAUCGUCAAUUUCCGUCUUCUAAACAACAAGGUAACGACCAACUUAACGUAUCAAUGAUUCACGCACCUACGCCAAACAAGCUGCGCUCUGUACUGCUAGCCAUACUGCCCGUAACUAUUAAAAGCAACGAAUACGUCGCUGAGACCUUUGUCGUUUUGGAUCCAGGCAGCGAAGCAACACUCAUCACAGACAAUCUCGCAGCCAGGUUAAAUUUGUCAGGGCCAUCUUUUCGUGUUCGCUUCGGCAAUUUCAACGAUUCCGUUACCAUAAAUUCAAAAAUCGUGUCAUUCCGCAUCGCGUCAUUGGGGUUGGAAGUGCCUGUAACCGAAGCAUUUCUUGUCCCCAAGAUCAGCCUAUCCCCUAGGAAAAUCAACUGGCCGGUAUUGAAAAAAAAUUGGUCUCAUCUCGCCGAUUUAAAUUUGCCAGCAAUAGACUCUUCUAAAGUCGGCGUCUUAAUUGGAGCCGACCAGCUUUCUGCUCAUGUUCAAAGGGGAAUUAGAGAACCAAUCGAAGCAGACGGACCUACUGCGGUUCUCACCCAAUUUGGAUGGUCGGUGAUAGGGAAAAUCCCGCACUUUCUCGUGGCCGGGCCGAGCAAGAGAAAAUCGGUCAACAUUCAGUCAAUUGCUCAAGAUGUAGCGCUAUGUAGCCUCGUUGAACAAUUUCACUCAACCGAGUUCUUCGGUACAGAUGCAAGUGUGCCUGCUCUUAUUUCCACAGAAGAUGCUCGGGUUCUGAAGGUGCUGGAAUCGUCGGCGCUUUUCAUCGGAUGCGGCUGGCAGGUGGAACUUCCUCUUAAAUCUGAAGGAUUUGUCUUCCCCAACAACAGAAAGCAAGCUGUAUCAAGAUUUUAUGGCAUGGAGCGUCGGCUCUCACUGCCAGAAAACCAGCAGUAUGCAGAAAGGUACAACAACAUUGUAAAUAAGCUUAUCGAAUCCGGCACCGCUUCAAUUGUCCACCCGUCCGCCAUUAACGAACCAAAGGGAAUGGUUUGGUACUUGCCGCACCACUUCGUUGAGUAUCCAAACAAGCCCGGAAAGAUUAGGGUGGUAAUGGAUUGUGCGGCAAGCUUUUCGCAGGUUUCGCUCAACAAUCAACUUUUCCGUGGACCGCCGCUGCUCCCAAAACUUGUGGGAGUGCUCCUACGAUCAAGGGAAUGUCUUUUUGCACUCUCUGCGGAUAUAGCGGCCUUCUAUCAUCGCGUCGGGAUCCCAGCGAAGCACCAGUCUCUCCAACGAUUUGUCUUCCGCGAAUUCGGAAGCAAUAAACCGCUAAGGACAUAUCAAAUGACGACCUUAGUAUUUGGAGCAGUUCAUGCAUCAACCGCGGCCAUCUGGGUCUUGCAGCAUGCGGUCAGCCAAAACAAAAAUUAUCCCGAAGUAGCGUCGCGAAUAAAAAAUAAUUUUUAUGCUGACAACUUAUGCGACUCCUUCGACACAGAAGCGGAAACCAUCAAGUUCGCAAGGGACGUCAGAGAAUCACUAGCAAUAGGUGGGUUCAAGCUGACAGGUUUUGCAUCUUCAUCAAAAAGGGUUCUCGAAACGAUCCCGUCGGAGGAUAGAGCUGACUCCGUCCUUGACUUGAAUUACGACGCCCUGCCAACGGAAUACAUAUUGGGUCUUGCAUGGGACUGCAGUGGCGACUGCUACAAGUUGAGGGUAAAGGAUCUUUCCCCAGUCAUGACAAAGCGGGAAUUGUUAUCGGCGAUGUCAAGAGAAUUCGACCCCCUUGGAAUGUGUCUACCGGUCAUUACGUAUGCGAAGCUGCUAUUUCAAGAGGUCUGUAAAUUGAGAACAGGAAUAUCGUGUUAA